AUGACCACCAGUCUGACAUGGAGGUUAAAACGCUACGGGCGUUUCGUCCCCUCCUCCAGAGAGACAAGAGGGAAGCCUUGGAAGAUAUACGAGGCUCUGGGUGACAAACCUGUAAUUGUCCUCACAAUAGUGGAAUCGGGAUACUUGCUGAUACUGCAAGGACAAGAAAGCUUGGAUACAAUUCCUUUGCUCUGUGGCUCUGAUUCUCUCAAAGUACAUCAGAAAUCUGAUAACUUAUUAUUUCGCUUUACUGUGCAGGGAGAGAGCCGCAUGGUAAGGAUGCAGUUUGAUAGAAGGGGCAGAACCGAGGCCAUAGAUGAGUGUUCGAGUGCUGUGGCAAAGCUGAGGAAGUAUGUGCCUGUCACCACUCAGGAUGACGUCCCACUGUACCCUAAUCAGCCCCCUGCUGAGGGCCCUGCACCAACUUGUCAAGGGAAGGCUGUGGGAGCUGAGCCUGAGGUCGUCCAAGGAUCUUUGUCCAUCAAGCGCCUUACCCAGCACUUCUUGGGAGAGGCUGCUUUGACUCUGCCUCAAAUGUAUCAUCACAGUUCUUUGGCACAAGGUGACUCGGAGUCCAUCUUGCGUGUUUGUUUGUUGGAUCCCAGCUUUUAUGCAUUUGUAGAGAAGAUGGAGGGGGAACUGAAGAAACUGCUUGAAGAGUAA